UGCUAAAGGAAGGAGCCCAAACUCGAGAAGACAGUUCUUUAAGAGUGAUCCUACGCCCUGAGCAGACAGCCUCUCGCGCUCUCUCACAGGCUCGCUGCUGCUUUGAUCUUCCCUUAACAACAGUCACGUCAUAGGGGAGUUUUGUCAAGCGGAGCUGCAGCGAGACUUUUAGAGGGUUCAGCAGAGGCAGUAAAGCAUCCACGGGACCAGUGUCCGAAACGAGAUCCAGUUUUCUUCCUUUGUCACCGCUAAACCUCGGGCAACACUGCAGACAUGGAACACCAGUUGUUUUGCUGUGAAGUGGAUACCAUAAGAAGAGCUUACCAAGAUAGCAACCUGUUGAAUGACCGAGUUUUACAGACAAUGCUCAAAGCAGAGGAAAACUAUCUUCCAUCACCAAAUUAUUUCAAGUGUGUUCAGAAAGAAAUUGUGCCUAAAAUGAGGAAAAUCGUCGCCACAUGGAUGCUCGAGGUCUGUGAAGAACAGAAAUGCGAAGAGGAAGUUUUUCCAUUGGCUAUGAACUACCUGGACAGAUUUUUAUCCGUGGAGCCCACCAAAAAGACCAGGUUGCAGCUUUUAGGAGCAACCUGUAUGUUUUUGGCCUCUAAAAUGAAAGAGACUGUGCCACUAACAGCAGAGAAGUUGUGCAUAUACACGGACAACUCCGUCCGUCCCAGCGAAUUAUUGCAAAUGGAACUGCUGGCACUAAAUAAACUGAAGUGGGAUCUAGCCUCAGUGACACCGCACGAUUUCAUUGAGCACUUCCUCGCCAAACUGCCUAUACAUCAGAGUUCCAAGCAGAUACUGCGCAAGCAUGCCCAGACAUUUGUGGCCCUCUGUGCAACAGAUGUCAACUUCAUCGCGAGCCCUCCCUCGAUGAUUGCGGCCGGCAGCGUUGCCGCAGCGGUGCAGGGGUUGUACCUGAAAAGCACCGACAGUUGCCUCUCGUCCCAGAACCUCACCAACUUCCUCUCCCAAGUCAUCAGAAGUGACCCUGACUGCCUGCGAUCGUGUCAGGAGCAGAUCGAGUCCCUGCUGGAAUCUAGUCUCAGACAAGCUCAGCAGCACAACAUCUCCACAGAGACCAAAAGAGUGGAGGAGGACGUGGACCUCUCUUGCACUCCCACAGAUGUCAGAGACAUUAACAUCUGAACGGAUCGCUAUUCAUCUCGCGUGCGAUGAGUCUCUUCAUCUUUGCUUCUGUUGGGUAUGGGCUUUGGCCAAAGGCUUCACGGGACAAGAGGGAAAACGGGCUCCCACCUGCACCCCACCAUCCGACCAUUACCUCGACAACUUGCCCCUCGGCGCGCCCUAACUGUUGACCGCUGAGCGGCAUCCCCUGUGGUUUUGACGAUUGGGCUAUCGCUGGCCCGGACCACCAGUGGAGGACAGGGAAAUCUCUCCUUUGGCCCCGCCCCUCUAUAUGUCCUAAGUCCAAAAUAAAAACAAGCGAAAAAUGGUAUCUAGGAUUUUAAAAUUGUAUAAACGACAACAGUAGUUGUGACUUGCCUCGACUUGUCGCUAAAAAGACAACCUUGGGUGUUUUAAUUUCAAGCGUGUCAAAAACUAUUUUUGAAAGAGAAGAGACGUUGUUUGUAUGUUCGAUUUCAUAGAUAGUACCUUGUUACACUUGCUACGAGUGCUCCCUGCCUUUUCCGCAGUCUAGCCGUGUAAAUAUAUCCCCGCUUGCUAUGCGUUUAGUCACUUUAUUAUAAUUCCUAGACAGAUUCCCUAACAAGAUUCUCUUCUCUUCCAAAAUGGUUUGUGUAACCGUAGUAUAUUUUUUACGCAUGUAUUUUGUUAUGAUCUAGAAGGCUGUGGAUUGCCAGGGGCUGAGGUUCUAACUUGGAACCAUUUCUUCGAAUCACUGCCUUGAUUGACUUCACUGCCAUUAAAUGUAUAACGUCAUCACUGCCAUGACUCAAUAAGCUUAUGUUGUACCUGCUCCCCGGCUAAAGCUUGCAGUGCAGUCCACAGUCUGCUUUUUGUUUAGAUUCAUGUAUUAUCUAAAACCAUUCCAUUGAAAAAAGAAAAAAAGCACUUUCAGUCCGUCGUUUAAGGCUGACUUUUAGAAAAAAAAAGAAAGAAAGAAAUCCACAGUUGUUAAAACAAUGGGGGGAAAACAUGGAAUGGAGCAAGGGUUGACGGAGCAGGUCUCUUUAUCUAUGGUGUUAGUGGUCUGUUAGAGAAAGGAGAAGACGGGGACUCUGAGAAGAUAUUUGCUCGUUGAAGGCUUCAACUGAAGUGCGUUUAACAGCUACCUUGAUGCCAGAACGGAUGAAUACUCACAGAACGAUAGAAACACUACGAUGUUAAAUCAAAGAUUAAGAACUAUUUAUUUUUUUCAGUUCCCCUCCUAAGGCCAGUAUGCACGGAUGCCCAAGUGUACCUAAGUUCGAAGUAUGUAUAAUGACCCGCUAGUUGCUAACUCGUGACACCAUAGUUAAAGUUUUUUUUUUUUUUCUUCCGAGUUUAUGUACUCUGGUCUAGUGAUUGUUCAGACAAAAGUUGUGGCUUCAAGUAGAUUUUGCACAAACCCAGAGAUGUCAGUUGUCUUGUGGAUCUCUGGAAGGGGAGGAAGAUGAGGAGGAGAGAUGUUAGAGACGGCAGAGGGAGGCAAAAAAGGGUGAUGGCUGGACAUCAAAGAGUAAAAGCAGAACUUUCAGAAAGGAAUUAAAAAGAGGAGAACUGGGAGAAGACACUCCUCAUAUUUAGCUGCUAUGGAGGGAUUUCCAGCAAGUAUGAAACUUUCAAAUGGAAAACAACAAAAAAAGAAAAAGACAUGCUUCUUUCUCUUGUCUUGUUUUGCUGCUAUUUUUGGUUUUGUUUAUAUAAAAUGUCAAUACAAUGCCAUUUAAUAGGUUUUAAUUUUCUCAUAGAAAAUUAUGAUAUUAUUGACAACUUUUUGGUAGUGUUUUUUUUUUUUUUUUUUUUUUAAAUGUGAUCAAUUUUUGUUAAUGUGAUUUCUACGCUAUGCUAUUCCCAAAACAAAGAAACAAACAAACAAAAAAAGACAAAAAAACAACAAAAAAACAGAUGAAAAAAAUAGUCAAAUGUUCCUGUUAUACCCACAAUACCUCAAACUACAGUCUUGAUUUAGCAUUGAUUUAGUCUGGGAUUUUUUUUUCUUUAGUGCUAUUGUUAUUUUAUUUUAUUUUAUUGUUUUGCCUGUUAGUCCUGUUGUAAAAUGUAAAUGAUCAUGUUAAUCAUCAUCCUACUGGGUCCUGAUGCGAGCGAGUAGAAAGCACAUUGAAUGGAAUUGGUGCCAUAAACUCUUUGGAGUUUUUUUAGCUGUUUCAUUAAAGGAGACUUAAGUCCAUCUUGAUGAGUUUAUGAAGCUUUUAUUUGAAAAAUGACACCGUUUGUGACUGCCAUGUGUACUUACAAAGCCAUAGUUUUGUCUUGUAGUAACUUAACACAGUGCAGAUGUUCAUGUAUAAGUGGCUGCCUGACUUGUUCUGAAUACAGGAGACUUGGUAUGUCCCCGUCAAGACGUUGUCUUAAUAAAUGUGACGCAGCUACAAUCAGCAGUGAUGUUUCCCUUCAUCUUUUUUGCAUCAAAUUGGUGUCCUUGUAAAGAUCCACAUAUUCAGUACUCAUGGGAUUCUUCACUCGUUUGUUGCUUGGUUAGUUUCAUUCCCUUCAGCCUUUGACAUGGUGCUGCUAUAUGUUUGUAUUGAGUCUAGAAAUGAUUUGCUGAAAGAGAUGCGGCGAUAAGCUAGGAAUGAUGGGAGAGGUGAUCCAGGACCCAGGGGACACAGAUAUAUUAUCCUCUGUAGUAUCAGGAAACUUUUUUUUACCUCAAGGUGGAAAUUCAACUGAAUGAUGAAAACUAGCAUGUAUAUCGGUGCGAUUUACAAACACACACCAAGAGACUGUCAUGCAAUCGAGGAAAGGAGACCAUGGAGGUCCCGAGCUUUUCUCUUGAAUGUGUUUAGGGGGAAUUGAGAAGUGAUUGACUGCAUCCUCCCAUCCCCCUUGUGUCUCAAACCUGUAGAGUCUUUUAGUUCAAUAUGGUAUUCAUUCCCAAGGAUCAAAAUGUGUUGAUCCUGAAAUACAAUGUUUGAUUUUUGUUUUUGUUUCUUGUUAUUGUUCACAAACCGGUCACUGGUCUGAAAUGCACAAUCUUGCUGACCCAUCUUAGACAUGAGGUUAACUAGAAUAAAACUUGAGCUUCAAAAACCA